AUGACUCUCUCCUACCACCACGCCAUCUCCGUCCUCCAACUAAUUAUCUACCUUCCCUCCAUCUUCCUGGCCGCAUUCCUCGUCUACCGCCAUGGCCUCCGCACAAACAGCGGCUUCAUUUUCCUCACAACCUUCUCUCUGACCCGCGUCGUCGGCGCAUGCUGCGACCUUGCAUCCAUCAGCAACCCAUCUACGGGUCUCUUCACCGCCGCCGCAAUCUGUAGCGCCGUUGGAUUGUCCCCGUUGAUGCUUGCAUGCGUCGGCCUCCUCUCUCGAGCCAACUUGUCCAUCCAGCACACAACCAGCCGACCGGCCCUUCCGUCGACUGCUUUCUCCCUUUUCAGAAUUCUCACGGUCGUCGCAAUGGCAAUCAGUAUCGCCGGCAUCACUGCCAACAUGUCUGCGGAGGGACUUGCACAUCCCGAUAUCAAGACCAAGGUCGGCAUGAUUCUCUACCUGGUCUCAUGGGCGGCUAUGGUCCUCAUCCUUCUGGUCGUCACCAGUCGGCGCAGCUCUCUGGAGCGCGGCGAGCACCGCACUCUGUUGGCAGUUGCCAUCUCUUCGCCGUUCAUUUUGGUCCGCGUCAUCUACGCAACCCUCAUUUGGUUCUUGCACAACGGUACCUUCAGCAUACUCAAUGGCAAUGAGACUGUGAUCCUGGUCAUGUCGGUUCUGGAAGAGUUUGUUGUUGUUAUUGUCUGUCUUGGUGUUGGCAUGACUUUGCGUGUCCGUAGCACGCAGGGCAGCCGGAGUAAGGGUGAGGAGGCUGCUAUGCCUGAUUAUCCCUCCAAGCCGUUGGAUGUGACGGACUCAUAA